GAUAAAUUGAAAGAAACACUGGAAACACUUGAGGCUAUGGAGUAUGUUCAGUAUGAUCCAAAUGAACCUGGAGGCACUAAAAAAGAGAUGAGUGGAUGGGACUUGCCACCAAAAGAAAGUACACCAUCUAAUAGUUGCAUAUUGAAAUUAGAAGAUGAGAUCCAUAAUCUUGAAAUGGAAAUUCUACAACUUCAAAAAGAGUUGGAUCCAAAUCUUGACGUACCACUCGAUUUGAUAGGAGUUGAACCUUUCCAGCCAGAUCAUGAACAAGUCAAUAUCCCACUCGAUUUGAUAGGAGUUGAACCUUUCCAGCCAGAUGAUGAACAAGUCAAUGUCCCACUCGAUUUAAAUCGAGUUGAACCUUUCCAGCCAGAUCAUGAACAAGUCAAUGUCCCACUCGAUUUAAAUCAAGUUGAACCUUUCCAGCCAGAUCAUGAACAAGUCAAUAUCCCACUCGAUUUGAUAGGAGUUGAACCUUUCCAGCCAGUAAGAAUUCCAUUCAUAUAUGAUUCUGAAGGUUAUCCAGCCCCAUGGAUCCGUACCAGUACUAGGUCACGAAUGAUGACUUCACAACCUCGUCAAAUAGAAUUCAUAAAUGCAUUGGAAAAUAUUGAAGGAGAUCUAAUGCCACCACGUGAAGAUUUCAUUCCACCACUUGAGGGACCAAUUCCAGAACCACGGCAUAUUAGACGAAUUGCUCAUAUUCCGCGGCAUGCUAAUCCGAUGCUGCAAGCUCUACGACGUGCAGCACCGGUACCAAGAGCAGCACCGCGGCCAAUACCAGCACCAAGAGUAGCACCGCAGCCAAUACCAGCACCAAGAGCAGCACCGCGGCCAAUACCAGCACCAAGAGUAGCACCGCAGCCAAUACCAGCACCAAGAGCAGCACCGCGGCCAGUACCGGCUCCUAGACGAGCUAUCCUCAUCCCACCUAGAAAUUUAAGGUUGACUUCUAGGCAACGCAUUGCAAAGGCCAUGCGAAAAUUUGCAACUGCAUCAAAAAAGAAGUAG